AUGGCAAAUAACAAUAAAAAGCUUCUGCGCUUCGACGGCCGCACCGCAAUCGUGACUGGUGCUGGCGCUGGUUGCGGGCGCGAGUACGCGCUUCUCCUAGCCAAGCGUGGAGCAAAGGUCGUCAUCAACGACAUAUCACAGCAAAGUGCCCAACACACUGCGGAUCUCAUAUCUAAGGCAGGAGGAGUGUCCACGAUUUGCAUCGCCAGCGUCGCCGAGUUAGGGACUGCGAAGAAGUUGGUAGAUCUCACGAUCAAAGAAUAUGGAAGGAUUGACAUCAUCAUUAAUAAUGCAGGCAAUUUCCUGACUACGCCCUUUGAGUCAUAUACCGAGGAUCAAUUCCGGCUAGUGAUGGCCUCUCACUUCGAAGGCGCGUGGUUGUUAACCCAAAAGGCAUGGCCACAUAUGCAAAAACAAGGCUAUGGGCGCAUUCUCAAUGUCUCGUCCUCGUCCAUUGUGGGUCUGGACAACAUGGCCGCAUAUGCCGCUGCAAAAGGCGCCGUGCUCGGCUUUUCUAACGCGCUUGCGGUGGAAGGGAAGCAAUACGGCAUCCAGGUGAACGCUUUGGCGCCUGGAGCAUUCACGCCCAUGCUCCAAGGGACACUCACAGAUCUCGAGCUACAAAAGACACUAAAAGCCUUGAUGCCUGCAUGGGCCGUCGCACCAGUGGCGGCAUGGCUGGUGCACGAAGAUUGUGGGCGAACGGGCGAUUUCGUCAUGGCUACUGGGGCCAGCUUUUGCCAGGUCUUCCUUGGAGAAACUUUGGGUGUAUCUUCCGAGCAAGAUAUAUACACACCCGAGUUCGUAAGAGAUUUCUAUGCCGAGUCAGAAGAUCGGACUGGUUUCAAAGUUUCAAAGAACAUCAUGGAACAAUCUGCUUCUGCCAAUGCGCGUGCAAGGGGGGAACUCAAGCCGUUCAAAACGUUAAAAGACAGGUCUUGA